AAACAGAGGCCCCCCUCUUAAGGUUGGGCCUGGGCCUGUCGCGCCUCGGCUAGACUUCGGUUGGACGCGUUGUUGUGCGUGACGAGCACUUGAGUUCAGGGGCGCCAAAACAGGCACGGGCCUGGCGGUCACUUGGCAUCCCGGACUCGCUUGUCGCGGAGGCAAGCAAGGACCUUUCAAGUUGAAGCGCAUACCACAGCAAUGUCAGCCAUGUCUCAGGAGCCUCACCGGCCACAUGACAGCGCCGGACCUGCCUUUGACACGACAGCCGACACGCAGUCGCUGCUGGCCUCUUUCCCCGUGCCGACCGCCGCCGAAGCCGUCGCGCUGGAGGAUGGUUGGAACAUCGAUGAUGACUGUUGGGACCUCGACCAGAUGCUGGGCCUAAAUGGCCAGGAGGACUCCGCCGCUGCUCCUGAGCUCCUGAGCCCGUCGCAGGAGCCAGCGGGCAUCGGCGGCCUGAGCGGCGGCGGCUCAUCAGUGGUGCCGCCUCUCAUAGGCGGCCUGCUUGAAGGGGCUGCGGCAGUGACAAGUGCCGCUCAGCAGCUGCCUGGUGGCGGUGGCGGCGGCGGCGGGGGCGCUAUGAUGCAACAACAGCAGCAGCUCUACGGUGCUGUCGUACAGCAAAGGCAGGGCGGGAUGGAGGUGGCCACACGGCCGGGCGACGACGCGGCGCAACAAGCCUCGCCUGCCUUCCCUCUGCAGCUGCAGCCUGAUGGCGCAGCGCCGGCAUCUGAAGACAUGGUACUAAACCCGGCAGCGGCCGCCGUAUAUCGUGAGUGGCAGCAACCGGACGAACAGCAGCAACAGGGACCUGCGCAGUACCCGUACAACGGUCAAAUUUGGCAGCAGCCGCUGCACCACCACCAACAACAAUUUCACCCCCACCCCCACCACCAGUACCAGCACCAGCACCACCACCCGCACCAGUACCAGCACCACCACCAGCACCACCACCACCAACAGUCCGGACUGCAGCAGUGUGCGCAGUACCCGCCCCCCCAAAGCAGCGGCAGCGGGCAGUUGGAACCCAACAUUGCGCAGUUACCACUGGCUGUUGACCAACAGCAUCACCGUCUGCCUCUGAUGCCGGUUCCAGCUGUGGUGCCAUCGCUGUCGCCGUUGCCGGUGCUGCAGCCGCCGCCGCAGCAGCUGCUGCUGCGGCAGCUGCUUGAAACGGCCGCAGCAGCAUUGCCAGGUCCGGCGGGCACAGCCUCUGGCGCGGCGGCAGCAGGCAGCGCCGGCAGCGCUGGCAGCGUCAGCUGUCGCCAUGCCCUGGAAACCACCCGCGGCGGCAACGGUGGCGAGGAGCUGCAGCCGCCGCAGCCGCCGCAGCGCUAUGGCAGCUGGCCAUACCCGCACCCUGCAUCCAACGGCUUGCAGCACCAGCAGCCAACGCAGCCGCCGCCGCCGCAGCUGCAGUCGGUGCACCUGCCGGCGCGCAAUGGGGAGCACAUGGACUUGCUCCGCCGGCUGCUCGCAGCUGGCAAGGCUGGGCCCAAAUUCUGGGCAGCGGUCCUUCAGAAUGGUGACGGCGGCAAGAAUGCCACUGUAUCGGAUCUGCUGCAGCCGGCGGCCACGUCAGCAUCGGGCGCAGCGGGAGCUGGCGGCAGCAGCAGUAACGCUUUUGCAGCUGCUGGCAGCGAUCGUGUCAGCAAGGGUGUCGGCUGUUUGCCUGUCUAUGCCACGCUCCCGGCGGACGUUGUCCGGGCCCGGUACGCUCCGGGCAGUCCGACAACCAGCGCCACGUUCACGUACAUAGGCCCAGCGCGGCCGGCGAAGACUGAUUACACCACCGGUAGCGGCGGCUACGCCAAGUCUGCCUUCCACCCCUUCCCCAAUGACGUCCAGCUGGCCCUCUGUGGCGUGCUCGGCUCACUCCUAGACGGCGCGUCGGCGGCCGCGGCCGCGUCGGCGGCGGCGGUCCUGGCAGCAGCGCAUUCGCAGCCGCUCCUUACCGCCACCGCAUCAAGCAUCGCGGUGGCUGGUGGGCAUGGUUGUCGUCGUGCAGGCGGUGGCGGCGGUGGCGGCGGCGGCGCCAAGGGCCAGUGGCCGCCAACGCCGGGGCUGUGUUACUUCCUGGACAAGGAGUACCGCACCCACUGCUUGGACCACCACGACAUGACCAACCACAAGUGCACCAAGAACGGCCACGUCACGCACAGCCUGCACCGACUGCUGGUCGUGCGGUGCAUUGGCGUGCGACCAGAGGACGCGUGUGCCGGCGGGGCGGCUGGCGUGGAGGAGGGCGCGGCGGCGGCGGGGAGCGCAGGGGCGAAAGGCGGCAAGGGGGGACGGAGGAAGGGGAACACGUCGGGCGGAGAUGAUGGCUUCGGUGGGCAGCUGGUGCAGGUGAAGGCGACGCGAGACGGCGUGGUGGCCACCUUUGCGUUCGGCAAGUCCUGGCCGUGCAUCAACGUGGUGCACCCGCCGGAGCAGGCCCCGGCAGCGGCCGGCAGCCAUGGACAGCCGGCUGUAGCAGUGCCGUCUGCGGCUGAGGAGCAUGAGCAGGCGCCGGCAGCAAACGGUACCGUCGGCAGUAGCAAGGCCUGCCAGCCGGCCAGCACCUCAAGCAGACGCCGGCGGGUCCGGCAGUAUGCGCCGCCGCCGUCGGCGGUACCGCCAGCCUGCGCCGCUGCACCGGCUGCCGCAGCUGUAGCGGCUGCUACAGCCGCCGCGACCGCCGUUGCACCGGCUGCCGCGAUGGGCCCUGCUGAUGCUGCUCCCGGCGCGUGCGCGGCGGCCGAGGGCGGUACGGCGGCGGCGGAGGUGGCGGCGGAGGUGAACGAGGCUGAGCACCGCGGCAGCCGGCGACGGCUUGUCCCUACCACCGCGGCGGCUGCUGGUGCUUCCGGUGACGCCGCCGGUAGUAGUGGCGGCGGCGGCGGCGGUGACAGCAGCAGCAACGUGGAGGCUCUCAGCCAGGCGAUGAAGGACGCGGCGCGGCUGGAUGACGGCAUCCGCCUCUUCAUGCAGUCGGAGAAGGCCACCACCGAAUAUUUUGAAAUACUCAUCAAGAAGGAGUUCGACAGAGACCUGCCCCGCAUCCUCAACAUGCGCGACGGCCACCCCAGAGGCUACGGCAUCCUCAACGCCAUCAUCCACGCGGCACUCGCGCUCGAGGGCCUGAGUUCGGAGCAAUCCAGUUUCGCGCAGGAAGCGGCGGCAAUCACACCACAGCCGCCGCAGCCAAAGCUGCCUCAGCCGCGCGUGAUGUCUGACGGCAUGCAGAGCAAGGUGGUCGCGCUGUUUGAAGCGCUGCUGGAGCUGUGCGGUAGCGACAGCGGUGGCGGUGGUGCCAGCGGGGGCAGCGACGGUAGCGGAACCCCAGGGCUCGGUGGCCCGGCGGACAGAGCCAAGCAGCUGUACCUGCAGAAAGACUUCGAUUGGUGGGACACGGUGCUCCACACCUGCUGCAGGUUCGGGCUGGUGCUUGUGCUGCACUGGCUGCUGCCGCGCUUGGACGGCAACGCGCUCACGGCUAGCACCAAGAAGAGGUGGGUUCCGCUAAUGACGGCGGCACGAGCGGAGCAUGGCCGGGCCGUGGAGGUGACGGAGCUGCUGCUGCGGCGCUGCCUAGAGCUAGGGCUGUUUGGGCCAUCAGCGCUGGAGGCCGGCACCUCGGUGCUGCUGUGCGACCUCACGCCCUUCAACAAGUACUAUCGCAGCGUGGGGGCCCGUCGCGUGCUGGACACGGCCAUGGAGCGGGUGUGGCGGGACCCCUCCACGCGCCCGCGCGUGCGCGAGGACGUGCAAGACGAGGAGCAGCUCAUGUCGCUGAUGGACGGUCUGAGCCUGGGCAUGGGGCGCCUCAGCCUCGGUCGCGAUAUGGACACAACCGAGUAAUGGACAUCGUUAUGAUGCCCAUCGUACCUGCUGAGAGAGCCACGAAGCAAGAAAGGAAGAGGCCACACGCUGCUCUCCGUGUCCAUGUCCCGGUGCGGAGCCAACGGCCGCGCUUAAGGGUGCGGGGUUGUGUGUGCACACAGUGCGGGCAAGCCGCAGGCGCAUGCACUUACGUAAGCCAGUAUGUGGCUCCAAAUGCUAUGAGUAUAAACGCUAGUCAGGAAGCAUACGUCACUUCCGGAUAGAACAAAGCAUGCAUGCAGGAUUGUCAGCACGUCAGCGCGCGUGGUGUGCAGGGGUCAACCCUAGCAGCGUGUGACACACAACUUGGGGGCUUGUGUCGUAUGUGUUAGUGCGUUACAUUCCUUGCUUGCUGGAGCUUGCUCGCAAUACUGCACACAACAUGCCGUGCACAGUUCGUCGCGUGGACUGAGAUACAAAGGACAGCAGUCGCCUUGACACUGCUGUGAAGUGCAAACACAGGCGUAGAUAGCCAUUUCCAUCAUAGGCGCAUUGCUGCAAUGCUACUUAUGAACGGUCGCGCAGCACGAGCCUAGGCUGCAGGAUGUGCACGCGCGUUUGUGUACGGUAACACUACGGUUCUGCGUUGUGGUGGUGCAUUGUGCAUGUGGCGCACUAUCUUGCGCAGGUCCUUGGUUGCAGCGGUGCUGCAUUUGAAGGAGUUGAUUUGAUACGCUGUUACCAUAAUCUGUUGAGCUGUUCCGUAGCCUCGGCGCUUUGGAUUUGUCACACAUGGAUUCCGCUUUACGGCAUAACGCUUUUAGGGCGCAGCCGUGACUUGGGCCGGCAGGCCGGCACCCGUGCGUGCGCCUCUUACACCGUUACACGGUCUUUGUCAGGUGUCUCCACCGGCGGACCACGUCUGCUUACACUGGGUUUGCGGGACGGUACCCCUGGCCAAUGCGCCUCGUGCGCACCUGUCGGCUGAGUCGGUGGCCGAGCUGGGGCUUGAGUCGAUGGCUGAGUCGAUGGCUGUUAGGGCGCAGUCAUGUCUUGGGCCGUCAGGCCGGGACCCGUGCGUGCGCCUCGUACACGGGCUUGUUGGUAUUGCCUUUGCUGAGGGGAGCGCGGUCUCCCCUGCUGAACAAAGCGGACUCGGUCGCCAUCGUUUGCGGUGCCUUUGCGGUGUCUUUAGUGCAAUAUGCCGUAGUUGUCGUUCGUAGUAUGCGGCACAUACCCGGCAUUUGAACACCUCGAAGACGGCAAGAGGCAGGCGGGGCCGCGCGUGUAUGCGCUGGUUGCGGCGAUUGUUGCGACGUCGUUGUAGUAUGUUGGUGCGGUUGUGCCAUCCAGCGCCUGCGAGGCGUCUGUACGGGUCACCAAGGCUGCCCUCUGCAGCUUACUCCCCUGCCGAGUGCGGUCUCCUCGCUUGAGGCGUUCUUACAGAGCUGCCGUGAUUUCGUAUACUCAGUUGUUCGGUUGGCCGUUGAAGUCAUGCUUUCAUGGGUUGCGAGGCUACAAGAAGAGACAAUCCUAUGAAAGGGACAUUCGUGUUAGGCAGGGGAAACGCCCUGCCCUGAUGCGCAGGGACCUAUCAAGCACCAGAUGAGCCUUGCGCCUGUGCGCAGUGUUGGCUUUGCGUAGGCGAUGAAGUUGCGUUGUCCCCUGUGCAGCUUUGCACGGUGCUUCGGAUGGCGCUGUAUAUUGGGCUGUAGGCGCGGUAUUCACGGAAGCGGAGAGUAACCCUGUCACGUACCACGGCUAAUGAGAAGGCAAGAGUGGCCCUGGCCAGGCGUCAGGCGCUGACCAUCGAGGAACGUGGGCGGCAUGUGUUGGAAGAAACUAGGCGCGACCAGGAGUCAGGUUUAGCUUCUGGAGGCAUGUGGGCAGAGGGGUCGGGCGAAUGUCGCACACUGCCUGUGCUUCCGGUGGAUGGGAAACGCAUGACGGAUGAGUGAAGUAGGUGGAUUGGCAGGGCUCAGGCGGGCUAGCGGGGCUCAGGCGGGCUAGGCGGGUCUAGGCUGUCUGUGCGUACCGCGUAGCUGUGGGAGGUAGACUGCGAACCAGGGCAGGGUUGUUUCCCCUGGUCUGGCUUGAAUAUCCCUUUGGCGGGAUUGUCCCUUCUUGGAACCUUCAUGCAAUGUGCUUGCAAUACUUCAGGCACUUGGGGGCAUCGGCCAGGGUCGGCCAGGGUACAAUCCGAU